AUGGAAGAACAGGUGUUCAAGGGCGACCCAGACACCCCUCAUUCCAUCUCCUUCUCGGGAAGUGGAUUCCUCUCCAUCUACCAGGCCGGGGCAGUGGACGCCUUUCGGGACCUGGCCCCCAGGAUGCUGGAAACGUCCCAUCGCUUUGCCGGGACGUCGGCAGGUGCGGUGAUUGCGGCCCUCGUUAUCUGCGGGAUUGAAAUGGAGGAGUACCUCAGAAUCCUCAGGGUGGGCGUGGCCGAGGUGAGGAAAUUCUUCUUGGGUCCCUUUUCCCCGUCCUGCAAGAUGGUGCAGAUGAUGAAGCAGUUUCUGUACAAGGUCUUGCCUGAGGACUCCUACAAAGUCGCCACUGGGAAGCUCCACGUGACUCUCACCCGGUUGACGGAUGGAGAGUGUGUUGUGGUUUCAGAGUAUACAUCCAAGGAAGAGCUCAUCGAGGCCCUGUACUGCAGCUGCUUUGUUCCUGUGUACUGCGGCCUCAUCCCUCCAACUUACCGUGGUGUGCGGUACAUUGACGGAGGCUUCACAGGCAUGCAGCCCUGCUCCUUCUGGACUGACUCCAUCACCAUCUCCACCUUCAGCGGGCAGCAGGACAUCUGCCCCCGGGAUUGCCCUGCCAUCUUCAACGACUUCCGCUUGUUCAACUUUUCCUUCCAGUUGUCCCUGGAGAACAUCACCAGGAUGACCCAUGCCCUGUUCCCCCCAGACCUAGUGAUCCUGCACAGUUACUACUACCAAGGGUAUGAAGAUGUCGUUUUAUACUUGAGGCGGCUGAAUGCUGCUUACCUUAAUUCUCCUUCCAAGAGAGUGGUUUUCCCCCGGGUAGAAUUGUACUGCCAGAUACAACUCGCCCUUGGCAAUGAGUGCCCUGAACGCAGUCAACCAAGCCUCCAAACAGAGCGGACUAGUCUGAAAGAAUCCACACAACUUCACACACAUCCCAAAGAGGGAGAAAUGGGUGGCCAUGGUCCACCUCUGUCCCCACCUGUGCAGGCACCUGAAUCCACACGUGAGUGGCCUGCGGAGUCACCUGUUUCACCACCUGCAUUGCCACUGGCCUCGUCACCAUCACACCCUCCAACUGCCUUGCCACCUGUAUCACGCCCAGCUGUGCACUUACUACCCAGUUCGACUCCCGGGCAAUCACCUGUAUCACCAUCACAGCAGGCACAACCAACUGGGUCACCACCCAGAUCCCCACCCCUUCAGUCACCUGUGUCCCCCAAGCCAUCCCUGGGGCCUUCCGCUGUGGGAGCACUUCCAGCAUUGCCCCAAUAUUCUCCUCCAUCAUCACCUGCACCUAUGGAGGAACCAGACCCUGAACAUCCUCAAGCUUCCUUUGCCUCUUCAAAUUCAAAAAGCACCACACCUCUGGAAACCGCCAGCAAGCCUUACGCAGUGGAGAGCCCUGCUGAAGAUUCCAAUUGGGUGAGCAAGGUAUUCAAGAGGAAAAAGACAAGUGGCACCAGCAGAGGCUUCCCAAGACAUCCACGAUCUAAAAAAAACAGGCAGCAAAAUGCAGAAGCUGUGAGCCGAGAGAGAAAAUUUGAGUUGGAACAGGAGAGAACUUGA